CAAAAGCUGUUCGCUGGAUUCAAGGCAGAUUGGAGUCGAGAAAGUGGCAGGAGCGGACAUUGUGGUGGUGUUGGCUCCGCUACGGACGCGCAACGAUUAAUGGGUAAAGGACUGAAUCGCCCGACUUUAUUUCACCUGGAAACUGCACGCCGUUUGUGAAGAUUUCAUUGUUGUUUUUACGGACUGCAUGUCGAAUAACGGAUAGGACCUGGUGGGUUCAUGUGUCCAAGCAAGCGCGAUGUCAUCUGCGUAAAAACACAUCUGCAGGCUGUUCGCUCGGACUGUUGGACUAAGCCUCAGUAGAUCCAAAGGGUCUUUUAUAUAUGGUACAAAAAGCCAAUAGAAUAGACCACAGUGACAGUAUGUAAAUUAAGGACAACCUUGGAGGCCUUUAACCGAGUCUGCCGCUGUGCGUGGAUGGCACAUUGACAUUAAUGCGCGUUUUCUUACUCAAAUUCAUCAGGGAUUUAUUUAUGCUGUGCGAAUUAAGUCUGAUUCGCCACUACAGACAAGGAUCACAUGUGUUUGCCUGGGUCUUGCCCGUGGGGAUCAUUUCAGGGAAUGUGGCAACUGGAAAACACGGGAUGAAGAAAAUGACGGCUCUAUGAUGGUUUUGGGCUGCGCACUAGUCUGUUAAUGCACUGAGUCUCAGGGACAAGUGAGUUCAUAAUCCAAAAUGAGCAGCGAAGGUGAGGUAUUAAACAGAGAGCUGUCAAAAGUGUCUGACGAAGACUUGCUGUCAUGCUCCAAAGAAGAGCUUGUGAACCGGCUUCGUAAAGAGGAAACAGACAAGAUUUCAGCACUGGUUCAACGAGGAAAGCUAAUCAAAGAAGUGAAUAAACAACUGCAGGGACAUCUUCUAGAAAUCAGGGAAUUAAAAGUAAUCAAUCAACGCCUACAGGAGGAAAAUGUUGAGCUAAGAGACCUUUGCUGUUUCUUGGAUGAUGACAGACUCAAAGUGAAGAAGCUGGCUCGAGAAUGGCAGCUGUUUGGGCGCCAUGCUGCCAAAGUGAUGCGAGAGGAUCUAGGGGGAUACUUGAAGAAGCUGGCUGACUUGGAGCGCUUACAAGAUGGCCUGGUAAAGGAAAACUUGGACCUGAAGGAGCUAUGUCUGGUGUUAGAGGAGGAGUGUGUCAGCAGGAGCGACUCCAGUCCGGGGGGCUCCACUGAGUUGAACCUGCCCUGCAUGGUGGCCCGAGACCUGGGGGAUGGCAGCUCCAGCACAGGCAGUGUUGGAAGCCCGGAUCAGCUUCACCUGGUGUGCUCUCCUGAUGACUGAGGACAGAAAUGUUAACUCCAGAGCAACUAAACAACACCGUUGACCUUGUUGUGAUGGAGGAGGCAGACGCAUUUUUGAUGUAAAGACAUUAGGGCUUUCUGAAUGCUGCUCAAUCGGAGUGCCACUGUUUCAUAUUCAGGACUUUCUUAAAACAUUUUGCAGUUGAAUUUUCAGUGUUUUUAAUGUGUUUUUUCCGAUUUACUGACCUUCUUUUCAGUGGUAUAACAGUGAAAUGAAAUGGGACCAAGUAAGUGGGUCACAUAUUAAUUUGUCUCUGCACUGGGCUAGCCUACACUGGUGGAAGCCUUGUUUCCUUAUUGCACUGGAGGAUAGCAUAGAUCUGGUAAAUUUAAAGGAGCGAUAUUACGCUAUUUUCAGAUCUAUGUUAUAAUGUUGUUUCCUCAUCACAAACAUACCUGGAGUUGUGUUUUGUUUGAUUCACACAUGUUUAACACACAAACACUGCAUAUUUUGACUGUGUUCUUCUCUCAAACAGAAAACACUCUAUUCCACCUUGUGAUGUCAUAUGGUCAUACAGGAAGUGCUCCACUGUGUUUUUAAACUCCAUACACCUUCACUAGAAUCAUUUGGGUCAUUUCAGCCCUAGAAAUGCCUGGAAUUUUCUACUAAACUAAAAGGUAGCUGUUAAAUAUAAAACUACCACAUUGACAUGACAGGGUGGAACAGAGCAUUUUAAGCUUUGGAGAUGUAGACAGACUAAUAACAAAGAUUUACUCAAACACGUGUGAAUGAAACAACACACAACUCCAUGUUUUUGAUGAGGUAACAACUUUAUAACAUGGCUGAAACCUCACACGAGUCAAUUUUGUAUUUUGGACCUUUAGAGAUCCUUUUCAAUCCAGUUUGAGCCAUAUUUAUUCCACUGAAAAAUAAAUAAAUAAAUAAAAAAUAAAAAAAACAGUAACACUGGCAUUGAUCAGUUGUGAUUUUAAAAGUUUAGUUAAAUGUCUGUUAAUGUGUAAUAUUUAUGCACUCAGAUCCUCAGGACAGGAUUGGAGUGUUGUGUGUGCAUGAUGAGCCUGUUUAACACUCUGGAUCCCUUCAGGUUUACUGUUGGUGGUGCUUGGUGUGUUGAGAUUUUAACUGGACCUUACCAAUGGACCUUUUUUAAGAACUAAAAACAGAUCAUGCCUCUGACAAACACUUUUUGUAUGUGAAAUUUAAGUGAGUUCUUGAUACGGACGCUUGUUGGUUUACAGUUUUCACAGCCACUGUUGUUAGGCAAUGAUGUUUUGGUCACAUCUGAAUUUUUCAUAGAUUACUGUUGAGUGCUAAAAUAGCAGUCACACAGCAACGUUGCAAUCUUAUACCUUUUCUGUAACAUGUGCUUGUAUUACCUUUGUAAUAUUAGGAUUACGUUGACCUCUAUUUGUUCAAAUUUAAUAUAUUAGCAUUGAUAAUUGAUUUUGUUUGAAGUAGAUGCACAUAGGUUGAAUGAGAAAAUACCUGCUUUGUUGUUUUUGGAUUAUUCUGAUAGUUCCAUAGAGCUUUAAUACAGUGGCUAAAUUACA